AGACUGUCACUUGUAGCUAUGAAUUCACCCGGAGGGCCUCCCCGCGACCGUAACUCUGAUAAAUUCCAGUCCUUCAAAGACGCCAUUGAGCACAACAGGAACAGGAGACUCAGGACCCAACGGCUCAUUGCGGCUCGGGAAGCGGCCCUGACCAAGACACUUCGAGAACAAAACGCCACUGAGGAUGAGGAGAAGGCGGCCCGAGAGGAUCUGGCUAAGCAAGAGGAAGGCUUUCUACGAGCCGCUAGAAGGAAGAUAGGUAUUGAGGACUUCGAGAACCUAAAGGUCAUCGGGACUGGAGCAUUUGGGAUAGUUAGAUUGGUACGAGAGAAAAGCACUGGGAAUAUAUACGCUAUGAAGCAGAUGAGGAAGAAGGACAUGGACAGGAAGAAGCAGGUCCAUCACGUCUUAGCCGAGAGGGAUGUCCUGGCGCUAGCCCACACUGACUGGGUUAUCGACUUGAAGUACACUUUUAUGGACAAGCACUUCCUGUAUAUGGUCAUGGAAUAUCUCCCUGGUGGUGACCUCAUGACGCAUAUGAUCAGGAAGGACAAAUUCACAGAAGAGGAGACCCGUUUCUACGUCGCCGAGUUGGUCCAAGCCGUGGACUAUAUCCACACGAGCCUCUCCUACAUCCACCGUGACGUCAAGCCUGAUAAUAUUCUCUUUGAUGCUAGAGGACACAUCAAGCUUCUGGACUUCGGCCUCAGUAAAUAUCAUCCAGACCUUGUCACUAAUCUGGCCGGUGGGCAAAAGUCUGUGAAUAACUCCAGACUGGACACCAGUGUCGCUAGUGUUGGCUCGGUGUUAGAGGAGUCGACGUUGCUCACCCACGCAGCUCGUCAGAAGCUAUGCUCAGUCGUUGGUACUCCCGACUACAUGGCCCCAGAGGUCUUCUCGGGCACUGGCUACGAUGAGUCUAUCGAUUGGUGGAGUGUUGGUGUCAUCAUGUACGAGAUGCUCUUCGGCGGCCCACCUUUCUCCAACGAAACCCACGACCCGCUGGUAACGAGCCGUCGGGUGCAGAAUUGGCGCCGAUAUUUCCACAUACCCACUUCAAACGGUGGCUGCAGUCCAGAGGCUGAGGACCUAUUGCGACGUUUAAUAUGCGACGCUAAGGACAGACUCAGUGCCGACGCCAUCAGAGCUCAUCCCCUCUUCGCUGGUCUUGAUUGGGAUCAUUUACGCGAGCUUGAAGCGCCGAUCAAACCACCUGUAAACAGCGAGACUGACACUCAGAAUUUCGACGACUUCCCCGAAGAGAUGCACGCCGGCACCCAUGCCUUCCCAUCGCAGGGAGGAGCUGAGUCCCCUGAUCCUGUGGACUACAUAACGUGA